CCUGCUGGAGAGGAGCCCACCCCAGCCCCCGUGAGGGGAGAGGGGUGGAGUUCAGAUUCUUCAGUUAACUGUCAGCGUGUGCCUCCCCCUCACCACACGGACAGCGUCAGCCAGGACAGGGCAGCCCCCCAAAGCUCCCUCAGAGACCCAAGGCCAUCAGGCAUUGCUGUGCCCUUGGCCCCAUGGAUCCCCUGAGGCAGUCCUCCCCCGGCUCAUCAAGACCCUCCAGCCCCAGGACCCCACCCUGCGAGAUGUUUGAUUAUGUGGGCAUCGAAGCUGUGCUGGACCAGCUGAAGAUCAAGGCCAUGAAGAUGGGGUUUGAGUUCAACAUCAUGGUGGUGGGGCAGAGCGGGCUGGGCAAGUCCACAAUGGUGAACACCCUCUUCAAGUCCAAGGUGUGGAAGUCCAACAUUCCAAACCUGGGGACGCCCACGCCGCAGACACUGAAGCUGCAUUCCGUGACGCACAUCAUCGAGGAGAAAGGCGUGAAGCUCAAGCUGACAGUGACCGACACACCUGGAUUUGGAGACCAGAUCAACAACGACAAGUGCUGGGACCCCAUCCUAGGCUACAUCAAUGAACAGUAUGAGCGGUACCUGCAAGAGGAGAUCCUCAUCACGCGCCAGCGCCACAUCCCCGACACCCGGGUACACUGCUGUGUGUACUUCGUGCCGCCCACUGGGCACUGCCUGCGGCCCUUGGACAUUGAGUUCCUACAGCGGCUGUGCCGGGCCGUGAACGUGGUGCCUGUGAUAGCCCGGGCCGACAGCCUGACCAUCGAGGAGCGAGAGACCUUCAGGCAAAGGAUCCAGCACAACCUGAGGAGUCACUGCAUCGAGGUGUACCCACAGAAGUCCCUCGAUGAGGACACCAAUGACCGGAUCCUUAACAGCAAAAUCCGGGACCGGAUCCCCUUUGCCGUGGUUGGGGCUGACCGAGAGCACCUGGUGAAUGGGAAGUGUGUCCUGGGCCGGAAGACCAAGUGGGGCAUCAUUGAAGUGGAGAACAUGGCACACUGUGAGUUUCCCCUCCUGAGGGACCUGCUUAUCCGCUCUCACCUCCAAGAUCUGAAGGACAUCACCCACAACGUGCACUACGAGAACUACCGUGUCUGCAGGCUCAAUGAGAGCCACCUGCUGCCUCAGGGGCCCGGCUGGGUGAACCUGGCCCCGACCCCCGCAGGCCGCCCGGCCACCCCCCGGUCCUUGAAGGUGUGCCAGCAGGCCCAGGACGAUGCCAAGGACGAGGCGUACUGAGCAUCGGGGCACCCAGGUCCUCAGGACUCCUGUGUCCUUGGCAGCCCCCAGCACACACCUGUGUACCAGAGCAUGUAUUAAAGUUCGACGUUGCUUUUUUUUGAAAACCUGUGCUUUGAAAACAAAAGGCAUCCUAUAAAUGAUUUCUUUGAACUAUC